AUGUCGCUGGAAAAGAGGCCGUCCCUCACGGCCGAAGAGAUUUUUGGUUCGUUGACGCUCGUGGAUACAUCCGACAAGCCUGCGCCGCCGCGGCCGGAUGCCGCAAAGCCGUCGCCGCCGCCCGACCGUCGCGGCCCACCGCCCCCUUACCGCAGUGGUGCGCCGCCGCCGCCAGGCAGCCGGAGGGGCCCGCCACCGAACCAUCGCCCGACCCGAUCACAGGAAGAGGCGCUUCGCGCCCGGAGAAUGCAAGAAAACGGUGGCCGUGGCGGCCAGCCGGAUCCCUCGCGCUCCCCGCAACGCCGCCAGGAGAGGCGGCCUCGUCGGAACUCGGAUUCGUCAAUCCUCGACAAUGAUAAGAUCAUGACCGAGGAGGAGCGAAAGCAGCGCGACCAGAGGCGACGCGAGCGAGAGCGCGAGCGCCGUCAUCGUGACAACAGGGAGAAGAAGAAUGCUAAGCCCAGCCGCAGGGUCGAUAUUAUCGACCAGCUGGAUGUAACUGGGUCCGGAGUUUUCCAUCACGACGGACCCUUCGACGCCCUCCACCCGCACCGAAACAGGCAGGGCAGUCGGCGUGCACCGAUGCAAGCCUUCCCGAAGGAUUCGCUGAACAACACGAUUGGUGGUUCUGGACCUUUGAACGCCCGGCCGGACCACGCCAUGUUCAUGGGGCAACAAGACGACGAGGCAUUCAUGGAGUGGUCUCGGGGCAGCAAGGAUAAGGCCUCGCACAAGGACACGCCAGUCUUCGAUCCCCUCAGCCGCGGCAGCAUCCUGCACGGCGACGAAUCGCUUGGCCUCGGCACGUCGACCUUCUUGGAGGGGACACCGGCCGCACGGACUGCCAUUCAGAAGCGCGAGGAGGAGCAGAAAGCCGAGUUCGGAAGCGACGGUCUCCAGCGCAAGAAAUCGCUCGCUCACCGAAUUCGUAACAUGAACCGUGGCGGUCGUGAGUACCAGCCCUCUGGCCGAGGUGGCAAUCCCGAGUUUGGCUACGGUUCCCGGCGGUCGCCCUCGCAGGGCGGACCGGCCUCUGCUUCGCUGUCGGAGCGCAACCCCUUCUUCAACGAGUACGGGUCCGGCAAGGGCGAGGACGAGUUUACCGUGCAGAAGAUUGAUAGCAAUGGAAGCCGGCCUUCGCCUGCGAGCCCCGGCAGCGGGCCCAGCCUUGAGCGCAGGUCGACGACGGACGCUACGGGGGGUGAUGACGCCCAGCCUAAGGCGAGCGGGAUCCUGGGUCGCAUGAAGAGUCUGAAGGGAAGACGCCAGCGCCCGGCUCCUGCCGCAGGUGAAGCGGAGCCCAUCCCCACCCCUGGAACCGCGGUUUAG